AUGUCUCUGUAUCAUGAGGCUUCUGAUAUCUUGUCAACAUCCUCGCAGGAGGGAGGGAGCUUAAAAUCCCGUGUCUAUCAAAGGAAGGGCAUUAAAUCCACGCCGAAGCAACUCUACGCCCUGGUGUUUGAGUCCUGUAAAUGGAGCGCCAUCCUGAAGGAAGUCAUAGAAGGAGCUGAUAUACUCAAAAUAGAGCGCAAGCUCACGCCGACUCUGGCUUUGCUCUUGGUCCACGACUUGUUGCUUGCCAAGGGUGGUAUUACGCUGCCACAGAGCCAUGGCCUUAGGUCUAGCGUUGAGAGGCACAAGGGCCGUCUCAACUCUGAAUUUACUCGGGCCAGGUUGCGACGCAAGGCGUCAUCGCUAGAGCUAUUGAAGGCUGAGGUUGACAAAGCUGCGGCCGGUGAAGAGGCAGCCCAUCCCCGCUGGGUGCGCAUUAACGCCAUCAAGAGUACUCUUGAAGAGCAACUGGAGACUACUUUUAGAGGCUAUGCAAGGGCUGGCACUAUACAAGAUGUGGUUGCGAAGGAAGGGAAGCAUAUACUCAUCGACCCUCAUGUCCCUAAUCUAGUGGCCAUCACCCCUGGUUGCGACUUGAGCAAGACGGAGGCGUACAACUCUGGCAAAAUCAUUCUACAAGACAAGGCGUCAUGCUUUCCAGCUUACCUCCUAGACCCUAGGUCCGAAGAUGGUGAUGUGAUAGAUGCUUGCGCUGCGCCAGGCAACAAGACCACGCACCUCGCGGGCAUCAUUCGCAGCCAUGAACCCGAAUUUGAGUCAGAGCCACAAACCAUUUUUGCGUUUGAAAAGGACUCUAGAAGAGCAAAAACGUUGGAAAAGAUGGUCAAAAUUGCGGGAUCAAAUAAAAUGACGCGCAUUGCACUCGGACAAGAUUUCUUGCAGGUCGACCCAGAGUCGGAGAGAUUUAGGAACGUCGGUGCCUUGCUCCUGGAUCCAAGUUGUUCUGGAAGUGGGAUUGUUGGCAGAGAUUCAAUGCCAGAACUUCAUCUACCUGACCCUCCGCAACAGAAUCCGCAGCGCGAGUCCAAGUCGGAGUCGACCAAUAAGCGGAAAAGGAAAUAUGAGGAAAUUCGGAACUCUGACCAAACGGUCAUCCGCGACGAUGAUGGAAACGAGAUUGUCGUUGAAUCGGAAAAGGAUCUGGCUGCACGAUUAAACGCAUUGGCUGGGUUUCAACUGACUAUUUUGCUACACGCAUUCCGGUUCCCGUCUGCCAGGAAAGUGACUUAUUCUACGUGCUCGAUUCACUCUCAAGAGAACGAACACGUCGUCAUGGCAGCAUUGAACUCGGAUGUUGCAAAAGAGCGAGGAUGGCGCAUCUUGAGGAGAAAGGACCAAGUCACAGGGAUGAAGGAUUGGCCAGUAAGGGGCAGCACCGAAGCGUGUAAUGGAGAUGAGGAAGUGGCCCAGGGGUGUAUCCGAUGCUAUAAGGACGAUGGCCACGGGAUCAUGGGCUUCUUUGUGGCGGGAUUUGUUCGCGACCACGCCAACGCCAGCGAAGACGGAGACGGCGAUGGCCCGUACAUGCGAGAUGAACGCGGUGCCAUAGUGCGAGAUAUGCUUGGGAUGCCCGUGUUAAAGUCCACGGGUACUGCAGUUUCUCUUGUCGGCCGAGAUGACAAGGCCGGCGACAAUGUCAGCAUGACCAACAGCAACGAAAGUCACGAUGAUGAUGAUGGAAGUACAAGUGCAAGUGAUGACAGCGACGCGGAAGAGAGUGGAUGGGAGGGCCUCGGAGAUUAG